AUGGCCUUCAAUGACCUCCUGAAGCAAGUGGGGGGCGUCGGCCGCUUCCAGAAGAUCCAGGUCACUCUAGUGGUCCUCCCCCUGCUCCUGAUGGCCUCCCAAAACACCCUGCAGAACUUCACCGCCGCCAUCCCCACCCACCACUGCCGCCCACCUGCCGAUGCCAACCUCAGCAAGGACAGGGAGCUGGAGGCCUGGCUGCCCCGGGACAGGCAGGGGCGGCCUGAAUCCUGCCUCCGCUUCACCUCCCCGCAACAGGGACCACCUUCGUCCAAUGGCACCGGGGCCAACAGCACAGGGGCCACAGAGCCCUGCACUGAUGGCUGGAUCUACGACAAGAGCACCUUCCCUUCCACCAUCGUGACUGAGUGGGACCUCGUGUGCUCUCACAGGGCCUUACGCCAGCUGGGUCAGUCCUUGUACAUGGUAGGGGUGCUUUUCGGAGCCAUGGUGUUCGGGUCCCUAUCAGACAGGCUGGGCCGCCGGAAGGUGCUGAUCUUGAACUACCUGCAGACAGCCGUGUCAGGAACCUGUACAGCCUUCGCUCCCAACUUCUCCGUCUACUGUGUCUUCCGGCUCCUCUCGGGCAUGUCACUGGCUGGCAUCGCCCUCAACUGCAUGACACUGAAUGUGGAGUGGAUGCCCAUCCACACGCGGGCCUAUGUGGGCACCCUGAUGGGCUACACCUACAGCCUGGGCCAGUUUCUCCUGGCGGGUGUGGCCUAUGCCGUGCCCCACUGGCGCCACCUGCAGCUGCUCGUCUCUGCACCUUUUUUCGCCUUCUUUAUCUACUCCUGGUUCUUCAUCGAGUCUGCCCGCUGGCAAGUUUCCUCCGGGAGGCUAGACCUCACCCUGAGGUCGCUACAAAGAGUGGCCUGGAUCAAUGGGAAGCAGGAAGAGGGAGCCAAGCUAAGUAUAGAGGUGAUCCGGGCCAGUCUGCAGAAGGAGCUGACCAUGGGCAAAGGCCAGGCCUCGGCCAUGGAGCUGCUGCGCUGCCCCACCCUUCGCCGCCUCUUCCUCUGCCUCUCCUUGCUAUGGUUUGCCACUAGCUUUGCCUACUAUGGGCUGGUCAUGGACCUACAGGGCUUUGGGGUCAGCAUCUACCUAAUCCAGGUGAUCUUUGGUGCUGUGGAUCUGCCUGCCAAGCUUGUGGGCUUCCUUGUCAUCAACUUCCUGGGCCGCCGGCCUGCCCAGAUGGCCUCACUGUUCCUGGCGGGCGUCUGCAUCCUGGUGAAUGCGGUGGUACCCCAGGAUCAGUCCAUUGUCAGAACCUUCUUUGCUGUGCUGGGGAAGGGCUGCCUGGCUUCCUCCUUCAACUGCAUCUUCCUGUAUACUGGGGAGCUGUACCCCACGAUGGUCCGGCAGACAGGCAUGGGAAUGGGCAGCACCAUGGCCCGAGUGGGCAGCAUCGUAAGCCCACUGGUGAGCAUGACCGCCGAGCUCUACCACUCCGUGCCUCUCUUUAUCUACGGCGCUGUCCCCAUGGCUGCCAGCGCUGCCAUUGCCCUCCUGCCGGAGACCCUGGGCCAGCCACUGCCGGACACUGUGCAGGACGUGGAAAACAGGAGGAAAGGGAAUCGGAAGCGACAGCAGCAAGAGCAGCAGAAGCAGAUGGUCCCACUCCAGGCCUCAGCAGGGGAGAAGAAUGGACUCUGA